AUUCGAUCAGUUCUGGGUGAUUUGUAUAACCAAUCUUUUGAUUCAUCCUGGUGUAUUUUUUCAGGAUAUUUAGCUCUUAUAGCACUUACUUUGUUCUACAUGAAUUUUCUAAAUCAGGUAGUUCGAAAGAAUAGGAAUUUAAAAAAAUUAUAUAUCCUUUUUUUGAAUAAUUCUAGGCAUUUUAUCGUCUUAUUCGAAUUGUUUAUUUUCAAAAUCGACGAUUUCAAUCUUUAAAAUUAUAUUCAGUUUUACCAUUUAUAGAAAUAAUAAUACUAACAUGUAUUCUUCUAGGUUUUGUUAUACCUUUGAAUGGUGUAAUAUAUUUACCAAAUGAUCAUUUUUGUUAUCCAACACUCACAAAUAUUCCUUGUAUUCUUUCGGAAGCAGUUAUUGUUUAUCUGUGUCCACUUUGUUGUAUAUCAUUUAUCUACAUCCAUAUAACAAGAUUUAUUCAUCAACAAGGAAAUAUUCAAACAUUAAAAAUAAAACAACGACACUCACGAGAUUUACUUAUUACCCGACGUAUUUUAAUAAUUGUUAGUUUAUUACUUAUUCUUGGAAUACCUGCAUUGGUUCUUAUAUUUAUGUUUAUAAUAACAGGUGAAGAACAUCCAUUACUUUAUCGAAUUGGAUUGUUUCCAGUUAGUGUAUCUCAAAUGGGAUUGAGUGUAGCAUUACUUUUUUCUAUUCGACAACUGAAAAAUACUGUUCUAAACUUACGAACAACAAAAACGGUGACGCCCGUCAAUCGAGCUAUGCAAAUGAGAACAAUUAUUGGUACUCAAUAA